CUUCGUAGAGAAAAAUGACGUAUGGAGAGCCAUUCGUCAUUAUUUACAACUACGAUGGCAUCCCCGCCAAGAGUGGGUUUAGAUUAUUGUCAAAAGCUGCCUAAAAUCGAGUUACAUGCUCACAUCAAUGGAAGCAUUAGUCCUUCAACACUUGAAAAACUUGCAGAAAAUUCCUUGUCAUCGUCAGAUAAAAACAUAAAGGAAACCUUCAAUGAAAUACACAGAUGGAGAACCUUGGUGGAAAGACGUGAAAGGCAGACAUUGAGUGGAUGUUUCCAAACAUUUAAACUAAUCCACAAAUUGGCUAAAGAUGUCAAGGCUGUUUCCAUGGUAACUUCUGAUGUCAUAAAGGAAUUUGCCAGCGAUGGUGUAAAGUAUGUUGAACUCCGGAGCACACCUAGAGAUGAUCCUGCAAAUGGAUUGACCAAAAAGCUGUACAUUGACGCUGUACUGAAUGGAAUAGAGAAAUGUGAAAGAGACAGGAUUGAUACAAUAGUGAAGUUUCUACCAUCCAUUGAUAGAAGGAUGAGCUUAGAGGAUGCGGGAGAGGUUGUUAAUCUUGCAUUGGAAUAUCAUUCCUCAACAGACAAGUGUGUUGGAUUAGAUCUCAGUGGUGAUCCAAAGUAUGGUGAUGUCAAGGCACUAGUCCCACUGCUUCAGAGGGCCAGAAAUCAUGGCUUAAAACUUGCAAUUCAUACUGCCGAGGUAAGUUAAAUUGGAAGAACUUUAAAAGGUCUUAGGUAGUCAGUCACACAGUUGAUGGUACAUAUGCUGUUUGUAUGAAGAGAUCAUAGCAUAAUUUGUUAUGAUAUGAGUGGUGUUGUAUUUUUUAACCUGAUUGCUAAGAAAUAAUAUUGAUGAUACAUGUAAUAAUGGUGUUGUUUUAUAGAGCGCCCACACCGUCAAAGACGUUCAUGAUACUCGCCCAGCAACAGUUUCCUUGUAUAUACAAGUAUGUAUGACCGAAGGCCUAUGGUCUUUUCUGGGAGGAUAAAUAGUUUACCUAAGGUUAUU